UUUCAUUUGUCAUUUAAGAAUCAAAAACAUGAAAAUGGUAAUUUGGGGAAAUUGUACCAAACUGUAGAGUUAUGAAAGUAAAAUUUUAUUGUGGAUUAUGUGUGACAAAUUGAAUAGAAAUAAUGGAAUAUAGUUACUUAAUUUUGAUACAUACAAAGUAAAGCUAAUUUUUUUGAUGAUAAAGAAAAUUUCACUUCCUGAUUGAAGCAAACACUUGUAUCUAUUUCAAUUAUAAUUAUGGUUUAUAAAGGUUAAAUCUAAAACUUACCGAUAUUCUUCAAAGGUAAAUUUAUCCCUCAUAAGUACACAAACUGGAUCACUUGAGGCAUGAAAUAAUUUAUAAAAGUAAGCAUACUGUCUAGCAAUACUCUUCAUUUGGUGCAGUGCGAGAUCCAAUGUAGGACUCCCUUUUAGUUCUUCCAAUUCUUCAACAGUAAAAUAUAAUACUGUUGUGUAUGUUGAAGGUAGAAUGUCUAAAUAAGGUUUCCAAAAUGAUUCAGAUUUAAAUUUUUCAUACAGUAAAAAAAUCGCCAAUGCUACAUUUGUCAUACUACUAAGCAGAGGAUCUUUUUCUAGUAAAGUUUUAAGUUCUGAUUUCCUAGCUAUUUCUACAGUUAAGAUUAAUUUUCUAGGUACUGAAAUUACUAAAGAUGACACGGGAAUUUCUGUAUUGGCUAUCAAUCCUAAAUCAAAUCCUUCAAUUGACUCAAUAUUACACCCAUUAAAUUCUGCCCCAUUACUCUUACACCACUUCGAGAACUUAUCAAUAAUGGCAUCACUAGAUCUAUUACUAGAUAUAACUGAAUCAUUAUUUGACUGGAUUUUCUUCAGUUUAUCAAGUACCGUACUUAUUUCUUUCUGAUGUUCCAAUGAUUUGGAAACAUCCUUUUGCUGUAUUAUUGUACUUAUCCUCAGCAGUUUAUCUAUAAGUUCACUUAUUCCUUUUUGAUUUUUACUUGCACUAAAAUGUUUUGGCCUAUAAUUUGCUCCUUUUCGACCCAUACUCUGUGUUUUCAGUAAAUGAUUUCAAAAAGUAGACCACCAUAGAAAAAUUUCCAAAUUUUCACAAAUUUGCACGUGUAAGUAGGGUUAUGGUUGGAUCAAGUUACAUUAUUUUUUAUUUAUAAACAGAAAUUGAGAUAGUGACACCUAUGGUGACACCUGAGGAGUGCGCAGAGUUUGAAUGUUCAGUCACAAAUAAAAUCUUUCUGUAAUCUAAAUGUGACAUUAGUUUUACUUUUGGCGGUAAGGUGUCGCUUAAAUGUUCAAAAACAAUCCACCAAUGAUUCCGAGAUUCCGAUCACUGGUUUUCUGCUAAAGUCAGUAAGUCACUAAAAAUUGUGAAUGUUAAGAAGGCCUUCCUUUUUAGUAAAUAACGACCCACCUAUUUGUUAGCUAUGGAAUUUAAAGUUGAAAUUAAGGAAAAUUUUGUUAAAUAUGAUGUAGUGAGUCCUCCCUUAUCUACAUCAACAGAUCCUGGGGUUAUGAAGAAUGAACUAGAUGAAGAUAACUCGGUUAUGGAAAUAAAAACUGAAAUUAAUGAGUCCUUUGAGGGUGACCAACAAUAUAAUAUAGAAAGCCAGCUAUCCACCUCUCUAAAUCUGGAUAUAAAGUUGAAGAAUGAACUAGAAGACUCAGCUGUGGAAUUAACUAAAAUUAAGAAAGAAUCUCUUGAGGGUGACCAACAGUAUAUAGAGAGUCAGCCAUCCACCUCUCUAGAUCUGGAAAACUUGAAGAAUGAACCAGAGGAAGACUCAGAUUUUUCCCAGAAGAAUGGAAUGGAAAUUAUGAAAAUGUUACCUACAUUUUUAUGUAAUAAAAAACAACGAACUAUUAAGCCUAAACGAAGUCUAAACCAUGAAGAAGCAACAAUAAAAGAUACUGCUUGUUCUAAAAGUGUCUCAGGCAUAAAUAAUUUAAACAAAAAUGCAAUCGUUCGGAUUGAAGAAGGGCUUUACAAAUGUGAAAUUUGUUUUAAGCAAUUUUCUCGGAAAUAUUCUUUGAAUAUUCAUUUAAGAGUGCAUACUGGAGAAAAGCCUUAUCAUUGUGAAGUUUGUUUUGAAGCAGUUUACAGAACCGGGCAGUUUAAAAACACAUUUUAGAGUGCACACUGGGGAAAAGCCUUAUCAUUGUGAAGUUUGUUUUAAGCAGUUUAGUCAAGCAAUUUCUUUGAAAAAGCAUUUGCGAGUACACUCUGGAGAAAAGCCAUACAAGUGUGAAAUUUGUUUUAAACAAUUUACGGCAGGAAAUAAUUUGAAAAGACAUAUGAGAGUGCACACUGGGGAAAAACCUUAUCAUUGUGAAGUUUGUUUGAAGCAGUUUAGUAAAGGAAGUUCUUUAAGAAAGCAUUUGCGAUUACACACUGGAGAAAAACUUUAUAAGUGUGAAAUUUGUUUUAUCCCUUUUUGUAACGUAGUUAGUUUGAAAUAUCAUAUGAGAUCACAUACUGAAGAAAAGCUGUACAAAUGUGAAAUUUGUUCGAAGCAAUUUAGUAAACCAGGUAAAUUGGAGAUUCAUUUGCGAGUGCAUUCUGGAGAAAAGCCCUUAUAAGUGUGAAAUUUGAUUUAAGCAGUUUAGCGAAGCAGGCAGUUUGAAAACACAUAUGAGAGUGCACGAUGGGGAAAAGCCUUAUCAUUGUGAAGUUUGUUUUAAGCAGUUUAGUCAAGCAAUUUCUUUGAAAAAGCAUUUGCGAGUACACACUGGAGAAAAUCCUUAUAAGUGUGAAAUUUGUUUUAAGCAGUUUAGAAAAGCAACUAUUUUAAACACACAUUUGAGAGUGCAUUCCAGAGAAAAAUCGUAAAGUGUGAAAUGUGUUUUAAGGCUUAUCCUCGAAUAUUCUAACGAGUUUUCCCAGACGAAUAGAAUGGAAAUUAUGAAAUGUUACCUACAUUUUCAUGUAAUAAAAAACAACGAACUAUUCUGCCUAAACGAAGUCUAAACUAUGAAGAAGCAACAAUAAAAGAUACUGCUUGUUCUAAAAGUGUCUCAGGCAUAAAUAAUUUAAACAAAAAUGCAAUCGUUCGGAUUGAAGAAGGGCUUUACAAAUGUGAAAUUUGUUUUAAGCAGUUUUCUCGGAAAUAUUCUUUAAAUAUUCAUUUAAGAGUGCAUACUGGAGAAAAGCCUUUCAAGUGUGAAAUUUGUUCGAAGCAAUUUAGUAAAGCAGAUAAAUUGAAGAAUCAUUUGCGAGUACACACUGGAGAAAAGCCCUAUAAGUGUGAAAUUUGUUUUAAGCAGUUUAGCGAAGCAACCAGUUUGAAAACACAUAUGAGAGUGCACACUGGGGAAAAGCCUUAUCAUUGUGAAGUUUGUUUUAAGCGGUUUAGUCAAGCAAUUUCUUUAAAAAAGCAUUUGCGAGUACACACUGGAGAAAAGCCUUAUAAGUGUGAAAUUUGUUUAAAGCGGUUUACCCAACCAGGUACUUUGAAACAACAUAUGAGUACACACAGCUAAAAGAACCCCAAGGAUGUGAGAUUUGUUUUAAGUACUUUUCUCAAAAAUAUCUGUUAAAUCGCCUUAUAAAAUUGCAGACUUAAUAAAUUUUAAAGC